AUGAGCAAGAGAGUAAACAAUCCCCAUCCAUGCAAUCACGUCAAGAGACCCGCUAACCAGCCGCAGUUCGACCUCACCGGCCGCGUAGCCCUGAUCACCGGCGGCGCGCGGGGCUGCGGCCUCUCCUUCGCCGAAGGCCUGGCAGAAGCGGGCUGUUCCAUCGCAAUCUUCGACAUCAUCCCGCCGUCGGCGGCCUUCCACACGCUCACUUCAACGUACAACGUGCGAACAGCAUGGUACACGGUGGACGUCAGCUCCUUGUCCUCGCUCACCGCUGGCUUCGCGCAAUUCAUCUCCGACUUCUCGGGGGCGCUCGACAUCUGCGUGCCCUGCGCAGGCGUGAACCAGAACGUUUCGUUUGUGGACACGACGGAGGAGGAGUUCGAGCGGCUGAUGGAUGUCAACGGGAAGGGCGUGUAUUUCACUGCCCAGCUGGCCGCGAAACAGAUGAUCAAGAACGGCACGAAGAAGGGAAGCAUCGUCUGCGUCGCAAGUAUUGCGAGCCAUAUGGCUAUCAGGAGCCAGAUGAGCAGCGCCUACUGCGCGACGAAGGGCGCGGUCAGGACUAUGGUCCCGCCGAUUGCGGCCGAGCUGGUCAAAUACGGCAUCCGCAUCAACUCGCUCUCGCCCGGCUACGUGCGGACGGAGAUGACGGCGCCGUUCCCGCACCUGCUCGAGAGCUGGAAGGACGAGAUCAUGAACGGGCGCGUGGCGGAGCCAGAGGAUAUUCGCGGCGCGUGCGUGUUCCUGGCGAGCGAUGCGAGCUCGUACAUGACGGGGCAGGACAUGCUGGUUGAUGGCGGGGUUACAAGGUGGUAG